AGCCUAUGCAAUUACCAUCCACAAGUGUCAGGGUCUGUCAUUAGACUGUGCCAUAGUAGACCUGUCUGAGGAGGUAUUCAGUGAUGGAAUGGCAUAUGUGGCUCUAUCCAGGGUUAGGUCACUAGAUGGUCUGUUCCUAACAGCCUUUGAUCCCCAGUCCAUCAGUGUUAGUGUGAGUUCCCUGGGGGAAGUAAACCGCCUCAGAAAAACCCAUAGACCUGAUCUUCCUCUGUAUGAUAUACCACACAUCUCUAAAAGAAAGAGGAAGCUCACUGGUCUAGACAAAACUGUUUCCCCAAGUGUAAAAAAGGUCAAGGUGAAUCCCUCAUCUGCAAGGGAUAAUGAGGACUGUGUUAUUACAGGUACAGAAACACCUGCUGCUACUCCUUUCAAUUUCCACUCUGUAGAUGUACAGUGGCAGCAAAGUGCAUGCCAAGAGCUGGGCCUCCAAUAUUGUACACAAACACCAGUAAGACCAGGAGGACCCGCUGUCCCCCUCACACGUCCAGACAUGCGUAGUGUGAGACGCGUACAGGGAGAUGGUAACUGCCUCUUUCGAGCAUUUUCUUACAUUCUGACAGGGUCUCCAGAUCAGCAUAUUGGUGUACGACAUGCUAUCCUUGACCACAUGACAAAUAAUGCCCAAUAUUUCCAUGCACACUGUUAGAGGUGAAUGUCUGCACACUGACAAUUGUGUUGUAUGCCAACAGUAGUGAGUAAUCCCUCAGGAGACUGGUCUUAGCUCUGACAGAAUAUUAUCCUCCUCCCUUGAGGAGUGCACUCUACAGUCAGUAUAGCUAUGCCUGUCGGGGUACUACUACAUUGAAGCUACACACUACUCACCUAAACAUAAGUGAACAUAACUAUUGUAUGCAGUAUAUCAGCACCCUUCCUACAUGCACCUUCACAUAGUAUUCUGAACAAGGUGGUUACUAUUUAUAGGCUCCUCCUUUCUUACAACUACAUAUAUAUUAUCUGGUUUUCCCCUGGGAAGCUUUCUACCUCUGCAGGUCUUUAAAGGCUGUGAUCUUCUGUCUAAGGGGCACUGGUGUCUCAACCUAGCUGACAUGUCAGAGGAAGGAGAUCACUGUACCAGGCUUAUCAGGGGCCUUAGCAGGUGCUGUGCACUUGUCAGACCUGGACCCUACAAGCUUCUACUACACAUCCACUAUAUACGCUCUUUGGCCUCCACCUUUGACUUCAGCUGGGUAGACCUCUUCAAAAGAGCCAACAAUGUUCAACAUUUCCACUAGUAAUUAUGUUGAUGUAUCACUUGCGCAUGCGCCCACUACUGUCACAACCUCUACUGUGAUAAUUAUGUUGUGAAUAAUGUAUCUUACAUACUCUAUGACAAGUAACCAUACAUUUUUUAUACAGAGC